AUGGCUCGCGCCGUUACGACGACGACUACGACGACUACGAUCGUUAUCAUCGACACCACCGUCGCUACGCUGAUUCAGACCGCGGUUACGGCUCGCGGCACCUGGGCCAUGACUACAGAGACCCUUCGCCGGACCGUAGGCGUUAUGAGAUAUCUCCGCCAAGGCAUUACCACCGUCGCCAACGGAAUGACUACUAUCGGGACCACCGGGAGCCAUCUCCAGAUCACAGCCGUCACGAUGCACGAUACGUCUAUUACGGCUCGCGUGCUAUGCGGAGGAGGGAGGAUGACUACUACUGGGACCAUAGAGCCCCGUCCCCAGACUACAGCCGUCAUGGCAGACACGAUCACGGCUCGCGCCCUUUUUGUAGGGAGGACGGAGGAUGACUUCGAAGAUCACAGAGAGCACUUUCCAGACAAUACGGGCCAUGCAGGAUACGAUUACGGCUCGCGCGCUUUGCAGAGGACGACUGAUGACUUUGAAGAAGAACAUGACCGUGACCAACGCCCUUAUACGGAUGACUAUCGCAACCACAGAGAGCCCUUGUCAUAUGAACAGGGCGAUUCACAGAGGACGCAUGAGGACGUCGGUGACGACGACGACGACGACGACAAGUCAAUCACUGAGCUGAUCGCCCAGCUCCGUCGUGAACACCUCGAACCAGUGAAACGCCGUUACGAGAGAUAUCUGGAAUACGAAGCAGAAUCAUCCAGGAUCUUUGCCGGAGCUGACCAACUUGCUGCACCAUCGGAGGCACCACAACAGCCCGAGCAAUGCGCCCCGUCAGAGAACAAGGAAGACAACUACCCGCCACCACCAAGCGGCCAAGUGAAGCCGCAAAUGCUGAAGCCGCGGAGACUUUACGACUCACUCAAGACCGGUUGUCCGCCUGGAUUGCCACAUGGGAUGGGCGUGUGCAAGUGGUAUAACUUGAAACCGGGUUACUGCAUGGUGCCGGAUUGCCCCAACAGGCAUGAGUUUUCCGAUGCUGAACUGGACGCACAUGCCAAGAAAUACGGAGAAGCGGGGGAACAAUUCAGCAACCACAUCCGUGGCAUGAGGUCUUACAGGAUUUCACGGGAAGGCUCCGGAGUGGCAGGGGGAAAGGAAUGA